UUGAUCUUCCAUUAGAAUUCUAUUUAUUUAAAGCGAUUAUUAAUUAUUUAUGAAAAUUUAUGACUUAUCUUUUGCAUUUUCCACUAGUUUUCCAAAAUCCAAAGAGUUUUCGGAAGCAUCGUCAUCCGUCAAUUUACCUUCUCUGAGAUCUCACAUUUUAGCUUCGCACAAUAACGUUUGCUCCGAUUCUCACAUUCAAUCUCACAUUAACGCUGAAUUGGUACGAAGGGGUCGACGAGAUAAGGUAAAACUCUUCAUCUCCAAAUUCAUCGUCAUCGAUUCUUUCUUUAUUUGUUGAGAUUUAUUCUUCUUGAAACAUUACACACAUUGAAAUUCUAAAAAAGAGAGAAUUGCCUGCGAAGAAUAUUGAACAUAGUAUGUCGUCGAGAGAGCAUUCAUCAAAAUCAAGGGACGUUUCGAGAUCUUUAAGCACUAGUAAGGCAAGAUAUCAUAGCUUCACCGACAGAUCAUCAACAACGUUUUCUUCCCCCAAGUAAUAAAUAAGUUUUACACUCAUUACUUUUAAGUGUAAAUUUGAAGAAAUAUUAUCGUUUAUAUUUCCAGCGAUAUAACUACGUAGACGAUUUUUUUCCUUUUUUCAUCAUGAAAACAGAAAACGGACAAAUGAAAUUGACGUCCGCUCUGUCAAGAUAAAUUAUAAUGCCAUUUAUUUACUCAUGUUGAUCCUUUGCAGUCGGCCAAGAUCUAUCGGGAAUCGCCCUCGACCACGUCCGAGAUCUGCUAGUUUGUCAGGAGGAAGAAUCGUCAGCACGCAAUCAUUACGAGCAAAAACGUCGAGCACAGCGGAAAUCAAUAACACCAGUGAAAUGAAUAUCGCUAAACUCAUCGUUGACCCCAUCGUGACGAAACGUCCUCGUGUCACGAAAUCGGCUACUUGUGCGAGAAAAAGUUCGCCCCCGUUGUUGCAUCAAAUCAAUGAGGCGACCGGAAAAUCUGGCGAGUUGCGAUUAAAAAUUAGAUCUCUUACCGGCAGCACUGUAUACCUUGUGCACGUUUCGACGGAUGAAUCGGUGGCGAAACUGUACGAAUUACUUGAUAAAGCUAUAAAAGCAUCCGGAUAUAAAGGAUACAAAGUGCUAUUGAGCGGAUAUUCACCGAAAAAGCUGGAACGUAUAGACGCAUCCUUAAAAGAAUGCGGAAUUAACAGGGACUGCGUUCUCCAUCUUGUGAAUGAUUGAAUGUUCACGAUCUCACAAUA